UUGCGUCAACGGCGUCUUCGUCGCUUGUUGCUGUUUCACACACGCCCGAGGUGGCAAGACCACCUCUUCUGCACGUCGGCAACCACACCUACCAGCUGCCAGCGCAACUUGAUGGUCUGACGCCACAUCAACACCAACAGAGGCUGUAUCCAUCGCAACGGAAUGCGCAAGAACGCCAUCAACGGAGCCAUGUACAUGUUGCGUUGCCGUGUCAGUCGGAAACGAAUGUGACCGGUUUGAAGGCGUCUCAUGGGACCAGCAGUCAGACGGCGAUGUCGUGUGACGGCAACAACCUGUUUCCGGCACACAACAACUGGCCGCCUCAUACUUGGCCGGCUAGCAACAGCCGCAUUCAAUGGCCAUGGUCGGCCGGUUGCCUGACCGGAGUCCAAGCUCACGAGCUACUCGAGGCCGGAGUUGGGAGUCGGUGGGACUCGGGCUGCUCGAUGGAACCAAUCAGGUUGUUGGGCGCUCUUAAUUCAUCUCCGACCGCUUCACUUGCAAAUGCCGGCAGCGCCCAGUUACGAGUCUGUCAUCAGCCUCACAUGCCGAUGGCGAGACAUGUGCAUCCCGACUACUUUUCUCAUCCGUCGGCAUCUAAGAAGCUUGAGACGGUAGUCAGUAGUGCUUAUUUGGCGGAGACGAGUAGAAGCGUUGCCGUUACUGCCUCGACCUCCUUGGCCAGGAUGGCAGGCUUCGGCCCUCAAGAUUUUCUGCCACUUCCAGCUACUUCUGGCAUUCCGAUGUGCUCAAACCCCGCUUCUUCCGGCCUCCACUCCACUCUACUCUCUUCCCAUUUGCCCUCCUCCACAUGUUUGAUAGGCUCGACUUCGCCGGUUGUCGGGGCUCCAACCCAGUCGUCGUUUCCAUCGCCGCAUUUCUCCAAUUUUGUGCAAGAUUUAACCCACGUCUGGCCACAAUUGAUCGGAGGAGGUCGG